AUGGAGUCACAAGAAUCGCAGCUCCAUGGUCUCACAUGGGUGGAAGAGACCUUUGGUUCUGAGACCGGAUGGACUAUUGAACCUGACAUUGGGGCUAUAACUAAGACAGUACAGUCGCUUCGGCCAUCAAGCACGGUUGAAGUGACUUUCCUCGCACAGGGUGGAUUUAACAAGAUCUACAACGUCAGCAUAGAUGACAAACCAUCCAUUUUGCGAGUCUCAUUGCCCGUCGACUCACGAUACAAAGUCAUGAGUGAAGUGGCAACAAUGGAUUGGGUGCGCCGUAUCACAAGCCUCCCAAUACCUAGAGUUAUUACCUACCAACCUUCUCGUGACAAUCUGGUCGGAUUUGAAUGGAUGCUCAUGACUGAAAUGCCUGGGAAGCCCUUUCUUGAAGAUCCUGAUAGCGACGGUGAAGAUGAAGUGAAGGAUGCUACAAGGACAUUGAAAAUAAUCGACAACCUCAGAUCCCUUCUUCCUCUGGUCUUUCCAACGGCUGACGAUAAUCCAGAACCGUCCAUGAUAUUUCACGAUGACCUCUCGCGAGGCAAUAUCCUCGUUGAUGACAGUGGGGAGCUGACUGGUGUCCUAGGCUGGGAGUCUGUGUGCCCGGUGCCUUUAUGGAAGGUCUGCGAUUAUCCUUCAUUUUUAGAGGGGAGACCGCGACGCCAAGAGCCUGUUAUUGGACGCUAUGGAAUCAAAGAUAAUGGACAACCCAGUGAACUUUACUUUGAGCACCUAUGGGAGUAUGAGACCACUCUCUUACGCGGUAUAUUCAUUGAUGAGAUGAGAAGACUGGACGAAGGAUGGGUAGAAGUUUUUGAUAAUAGCCAGAUCAAAAGAGACUUUGACUAUGCGGUGCAUUACUGUGACUGUUGUAUUUCUACCCGGCAUAUUGAAGCAUGGAUUGGAGAUAUGACCGCUGGUAUCAGCAAUCUGCGCAGCUUGGAAGAUAGGAUAUAUUCACCGUAG